UGAGCCACUAGCUUAGCGGCGAGCGUGACUCUGCAACCGGUCCCCCGGGCUCCCUCGCCGGGCCCAGCCCACUCAGCUGCGGCAGCAUCGCGGGCAGUGAGUUUGGGGGACGGGGGAACCCGGGGCUCCUAUGCAUCAACCCCAAGUCCUGUUCCCCUGGCAAUGAGUCUUUUGUUAGGGCACCUCCACAGUCUGGGUUGGAGGGAAGAGGAGGGAAGGAUUGAAGAGUCCCCCCACCCCACCCCACCAGCUAGGAGCGGGCUGGGAGGCGGCAGGGAAUCCCUGGAAGGAGACCGGAUUGCCAAGAGGUUGGGGGCAUGGGGUGGAAGUGGCUUGGAGCAAGUGAGAAAGGCCCAGUGGGGCCUCCUGGGUCGCAGGAGGUAACCUGUCGCCCGGCCCUCCCCAGCCCUGGGGAUCGGGGCGGGGGAGACCAUGGCCCGCCUCUUCAGCCCCCGGCCGCCCCCCAGCGAAGACCUUUUCUACGAGACCUACUACAGCCUGAGCCAGCAGUACCCGCUGCUGCUGCUGCUGCUGGUGAUCGUUCUCUGCGCGCUCCUGGCGCUGCUCGCCGUCACCUGGGCCACGGGCAGGGAGCUGGCCGCAGACCCCAGCUUCCUGACCACUGUACUGUGUGCACUGGGCGGCUUCUUGCUGCUGCUGGGCCUCGCUUCCCGCGAGCAGCGACUGCAGCGCUGGACGCGUCCCCUGUCCGCCCUUGUGUGGGCCGCACUGCUCGCACUGGGCCACGGCUUCCUGUUCACCGGGGGUGUGGUGAGCGCCUGGGACCAGCUUCCCGCUCCCCGCUCCAGGUGUCCUUUUUUCUCUUCGUCAUCUUCACCGUGUAUGCCAUGCUGCCCUUGGGCAUGCGGGACGCUGUGGUCGCGGGCCUCGCCUCCUCGCUCUCGCACCUGCUGGUCCUCGGGCUGUACCUCGGGCCCCAGCCGUACUUCCGGCCUGCGCUGCUACCGCAGCUGGCAGCAAACGCGGUGCUGUUCCUGUGCGGGAACGUGGUGGGAGCGUACCACAAGGCGUUGAUGGAGCGCGCGCUGCGCGCCACGUUCCGGGAGGCGCUUAGCUCCCUGCACUCACGCCGGCGCCUGGACACUGAGAAGAAGCACCAGGAACACCUACUCCUGUCCAUCCUUCCUGCUUACCUGGCCCGAGAGAUGAAGGCAGAGAUCAUGGCACGGCUGCAGGCUGGACAGGGGUCACGGCCGGAGAGCACCAACAAUUUCCACAGCCUCUACGUCAAGAGGCACCAGGGAGUCAGUGUGUUGUAUGCUGACAUCGUUGGCUUCACGCGGCUGGCCAGUGAGUGCUCCCCUAAGGAACUGGUGCUCAUGCUCAACGAGCUCUUUGGCAAGUUUGACCAGAUCGCCAAGGAGCAUGAAUGCAUGCGGAUCAAGAUCCUGGGGGACUGUUACUACUGUGUCUCCGGGCUGCCGCUCUCGCUGCCAGAUCACGCCAUCAACUGCGUGCGCAUGGGGCUGGACAUGUGCCGAGCCAUCAGGAAACUGCGGGCAGCCACUGGUGUGGACAUCAACAUGCGUGUGGGCGUGCACUCCGGCAGUGUGCUCUGCGGAGUCAUUGGGCUGCAGAAGUGGCAAUAUGAUGUAUGGUCCCAUGACGUCACACUGGCCAAUCACAUGGAGGCAGGCGGCGUACCAGGACGAGUGCACAUCACAGGGGCCACACUGGCCCUGCUGGCAGGGGCUUAUGCCGUGGAGGAUGCAGGCAUGGAACACCGGGACCCAUACCUUCGGGAACUAGGGGAGCCAACAUACCUGGUCAUCGAUCCCCGGGCCGAAGAGGAGGAUGAGAAGGGCACUGCAGGAGGGUUGCUGUCCUCUCUGGAGGGCCCCAAGCUGCGCCCAUCACUAUUGAUGACUCGCUACCUGGAGUCCUGGGGUGCCGCCAAGCCUUUUGCCCACCUGAGCCACGUAGACAGCCCUGUGUGCACCUCCACCCCUCUCCCGGAGAAGGCCCUGGCUUCCUUCAGCCCCCAGUGGAGCCUGGACCGGGGCCGCAGCCCCCGGGGACUGGACGAUGAGCUGGACACCGGGGAUGCCAAGUUCUUCCAGGUCAUCGAACAGCUCAACUCUCAGAAACAGUGGAAGCAGUCGAAGGACUUCAACCCGCUGACACUGUACUUCAGAGAGAAGGAGAUGGAGAAAGAGUAUCGACUGUCUGCACUUCCUGCCUUCAAAUACUAUGCAGCCUGCACCUUCCUGGUUUUUCUCUCCAACUUCAUCAUCCAGAUGCUGGUGACAAACAGGCCCCCGGCUCUGGCCAUCACCUAUAGCAUCACCUUCCUCCUCUUCCUCCUCCUCCUCUUCGUCUGCUUCUCAGAGCACCUGACGAGGUGUGUCCUGAAAGGCCCCAAGAUGCUGCACUGGCUGCCUGCACUCUCUGGCCUGGUGGCCACACGACCGGGAUUGCGAGUAGCCCUGGGCACUGCCACCAUCCUCCUCGUCUUUGCCAUGGCCAUUACCAGCCUGUUCUUCCUCCCAGCAUCAUCGGACUGCCCUUUCCGGACUCCCAAUGUGUCCUCCAUGACUUUCAACCUCUCCUGGGAGCUCCCGGGGUCCCUGCCUCUCAUCAGCAUCCCAUACUCCAUGCACUGCUGCGUGCUGGGCUUCCUCUCCUGCUCCCUCUUCCUGCACAUGAGCUUCGAACUGAAGCUGCUGCUGCUCCUGCUCUGGCUGGUGGCCUCCUGCUCCAUCUUCCUGCACUCCCACGCCUGGCUGUCCGACUGCCUCAUCGCCCGCCUCUCUCUGGGCCCCUUGGACUCCAGGCCGGGAGUGCUGAAGGAGCCCAAACUGGUGGGAGCUAUGUCCUUCUUCAUCUUCUUCUUCACCCUCCUUGUCCUGGCUCGGCAGAAUGAGUAUUACUGCCGCCUGGACUUCCUGUGGAAGAAGAAGCUGAGGCAGGAGCGGGAGGAGACAGAGACAAUGGAGAACCUGACUCGGCUGCUCUUGGAGAAUGUGCUCCCUGCACACGUGGCCCCCCAAUUCAUUGGCCAGAACCGGCGCAACGAGGACCUCUACCACCAGUCCUACGAGUGUGUCUGUGUCCUCUUCGCCUCAGUCCCGGACUUCAAGGAGUUUUACUCUGAAUCCGACAUCAACCAUGAGGGGCUAGAGUGUUUGCGGCUGCUCAAUGAGAUAAUUGCUGAUUUUGAUGAGCUGCUCUCCAAGCCCAAAUUCAGCGGAGUGGAGAAGAUCAAAACCAUCUGCAGCACCUACAUGGCAGCCACAGGCUUAAAUGCCACCUCGGGACAGGAUGCACAACAGGAUGGUGAGCGAAGCUGUAGCCACCUUGGCACCAUGGUGGAAUUUGCUGUGGCCCUGGGCUCUAAGCUGGACAUCAUCAACAAGCACUCAUUCAACAACUUCCGCCUGCGUGUGGGGUUGAACCAUGGACCAGUAGUGGCCGGAGUGAUUGGGGCCCAGAAGCCACAAUAUGAUAUUUGGGGCAACACAGUGAACGUGGCCAGCCGCAUGGAGAGUACAGGAGUCCUUGGCAAGAUCCAAGUAACUGAGGAGACAGCCUGGGCCCUGCAGUCCCUGGGCUACACCUGCUACAGGCGGGGUGUCAUCAAGGUCAAAGGCAAAGGGCAGCUCUGCACCUACUUCCUGAACACAGACUUGACACGAACUGGACCUCCCUCAGCCACCCUAGGCUGAGACCCCCAACCCCUCCAAGAUCCUCAGUAAAGAGACUCUGGGAUAUCUGGGGCC